ACCCAUGCGACUUUGAGGCGCACCGGCUCCAUACAGCAGAAACAUCGCAUUAUGGCCUCGCGCUGAGCCUCCUGAUGCGACAGUUGUGUACAUACUUUACCGGCAAUCCGUCACCAUCGACGCCUUGAUCAUGGACCUCCGGUCCAGAGGCUUUUUUCGGGGCCAUCGGAGUUGUCAUUAGUACUCCCGAAGUAUUAUAUUAUUUGAUUUUGAGCACUGUCACUUUUGCACGCCCGGGGAUUUAAACCGAAGUGACAGUAGUAGCACUCACCCCAUCUGCCGGUCAGCUAGGUAGCUCGCUAAGUCAAUAGCCAAGAAGGGCAUCACUUUUCUUUUGGAGUAAAGGACAAGGAAACUACAACACAACUACGUCCAGUAACAGCAGACUGACCAGAGGCCGACUCCCCGAGUUCCCAACAUACUGAGUAUUGAUUCCUGAAAGGCUGGCAACACAAGGCCACCCUAAUGCAGAACCAUAAAAGAACGUGAAAUGAACAAACCACCACAGCCUAUAACGGGACCCACGUCUGUCCCAAACCCUUCCCCAUCCCCUGGAUUGACACAGGCCGCCUAUGGUCCUGGACAGCCCCCCUCCCUGGUUUUUGCCACCCCUCCACCUUCACAAAUGAACUCUGCACCACAGCCAAGACAGAGUUACUAUCAGAACCGACCAGCCAUGGCUGCCAGUGCUCCAAGGCUACAGACGAGUAGUGGCCCUCGACCUGUCGGACCUACUCAUGUCUACCCACCCACCUCCCAGAUGAUGAUGAUAUCCCAGCAGCAGCUCUCUUUUGCUGGCUCCCCUCAGGGCUACUUCAUCCCCCCUGGACAGUACCGGACCCCAUAUAUGCCUCCGACUCAGCAGUAUCCUGUGACCAGCGGUACAGCAGGCUUCUAUCCGGGAACUAGCCCUGCUGAAUACCCUGCGUAUGCAGGAGCAUACUAUCCAGCUCAGCCGCAGUACUCUCCGUCUGUCCAGGCGGCACCAGUCAUGAUCAGCCCUGCCCAGCAGCAGCAGCAACAGCAGCAGCAACAGCAACAGCAGCAGCAACAACAACAGCAGCAGCAGCAACAACAACAGCAGCAGCAGCAACAACAACAACAACAACAGCAGCAACAACAGCAGCAGCAACAACAGCAGCAGCAGCAGCAGCAGCAACAACAACAACAGCAGCAGCAGCAGCAGCAACAACAGCAGCAGCAGCAGCAGCAACAACAGCAGCAAGCCCCUCCUCCUCAGCAACCACCGGCGCAGUCACAAGGGCCACCAAAGAGGGAACGCAAACCGAUAAGGAUACGAGACCCCAACCAGGGAGGGCGUGAUAUCACAGAGGAGAUCAUGUCAGGUGGAAGAUCCACCACCACACCGACUCCCCCACAGGCCACAGCAGAUGUAAGUCUUGCACAGACCAAUGGUGAAGUUACACAGCCUGCCACUACAGUGACUAGAAGAGAUGAAAACACUGAGCCCCCUGCUAGUGCUGAAACCCCACCACCUCCCGCCACAGCGAAUACAGAGCCUGUGGAGGAGGCCAAACGGGAAACCGACAACCAGAUCACACCGCCUGCUGAGUUAGCCGCACAAUCUGUAGCCGCUACAGCAGCUGCUGAGGUGCCAUCUCCUUUGAUAAAGGACCUGCAGUCUCCCUCUCCCCCCCCUGCAGCAGCAUCUACUACUACUCCUGCUGAGGCAGAAAAUACAGUUGAUACUAAAGUUGGUGACACGGUAGACGCUCCAGUCGGCCCCUCAACAUCAUUAGCAGCACAAGAGGCGCCUGUCAAAAUGGAAGAACCACAGGCUGCCUCAGCCCCAGCUCCAACCCCAGUUCCAGCUCUAGCUGUAGCUCCAGUUCCAACCCCAGCUCCAGCUCUAGCUGUAGCUCCAGUUCCAACCCCAGCUCCAGCUCUAGCUGUAGCUCCAGUUCCAACCCCAGUUCCAGCUCUAGCUGUAGCUCCAGUUCUAGCUCCAGCCCCAGUUAUAGCUCCAGCUCCAGUUAUAGCUCCAGUUAUAGCUCCAGCCCCAGUUAUAGCUCCAGCUCCAGCUCCAGUUCUAGCUCCAGCUCCAGUUCCAGUUAUAGCUCCAGCUCCAGUUCCAGUUCUAGCUCCAGCCCCAGUUCUAGCCCCAGCUCUAGCUGAGAAGGCACCCGAAAAGAAAACGGAGGAAGUGAAGAAAUUGGAAAAAGAGGACCAGGUGGCCAGCGCUGAGUUGGAGGUUGCGCCAACAGUUCCUCCUAAUAAUGAGACGAAAGCAGAAACGGCUACAAAGACAGAAACUGAAGUCUCUGCUCCACAGGCCCCGAACGCCGCCCCAAGCUCUGAACCUGAACCUGAAACCACACCGGCUGAGGUGGCAGAGCCUCUCCUCUCCAACGGCCUUCCUCAGGACACAGAAGAACUGUCUGAGGAUGUGGCAUUUUUAGACACUACUCCCCUUGACAAUCCUGAUGCUUCUCAAUCUCAGGAAUCCCCACCUGUGGCUAAAAUGUCAAUGCCUGCCCAGGAGGAGGAGGAAGAAGAGGAAGAGGUGGAGAAGAAAGAGGAGGAGACAAAGGAGAAAAAUGAGGAUGCCCCUCCUGCUUCUGUUAGCUGCCCUAUAGAGGAGUCUACUAUGCAAGCUGCAACGUCUGUGCCAAAGAAGAGGAAAAACAUGAAGGAGAUCAACAAGAAGGAGGCCAUUGGAGACCUCCUGGAUGCCUUCACAGAGGAGCACGAAGCCAAGCCUGCCCCUGAACCCUCGUCCGCUAAGGCCGACCCCAUCCCUGUCACCCCACCUGCACCUCCCACUGAAGUUCCAGAUGAGACCUGGGAGGAGAAAGAGGACAAGCAGAACUCGGUACCUAAAGCCACAACUGGGCCAACCGACAAGAAAUACCAGUACAAAGAAGAGAAAUGGAAGCCGAUCGACUCAGAAGACAAGAAGCGGUACGACAGGGAGUUCCUCCUGGGCUUCCAGUUCAACAGUGCCAGUAUGCACAAACCUGAUGGUCUGCCGAUGAUCAGCGAUGUGGUCCUGGACCAGGCGAACAAGACUCCAAUGCGGCUCCCUGACCCAGCUCGAAUAAUGAAUGUUGGUCCUGAUUUUACUCCCUCGUAUUUGGGGAACCUUGGGAGCAGAUCGGUGGGAGGACCAAGAGGCCCGCCGCCUGGCCCACGUCGCUCCCAGCAGGGCCAGAGGAAAGAGCCCAGGAAAAUCAUCCUCAGCAGCAUGUCCCUCGGCGACGACGUGCAGCUCAACAAGGCUGAGAAGGCCUGGAAGCCCACAGGGAAGAAGUCCACUCGAGGCCGCGGCGUGGAGGAACCCGAACCCGAAGACGAUGAUCCCGAACAGGCCAAGACUAAAGAGCUGUUCAAGCGUCUGCGCAGUAUCCUCAACAAGCUAACCCCUCAGAAGUUCCAGGAGCUGAUGAAACAAGUGACAGAUCUGACGAUAGACACAGAGGAGAGGCUGAAGGGAGCCAUUGACCUUAUCUUUGAGAAGGCCAUCUCAGAGCCCAACUUCUCUGUGGCCUACGCCAACAUGUGCCGCUGCCUUAUGGGGUUGAAAGUCCCCACCUCAGACAAGCCAGGAGUUUUUGUGAACUUCCGCAAACUGCUGCUCAACCGCUGCCAGAAAGAGUUUGAGAAGGACCAGGAUGAUGAUGAAAUCUUUGAGAGAAAGCAAAAGGAAUUGGAGGCUGCCAAAGAAGGAGAGGAGCGUGAGCGCUUGAGGGUGGAGCUGCAGAGCUCCAGAGACCAGGCCCGCCGUCGCUCUCUGGGUAAUAUAAAGUUCAUUGGGGAGCUCUUCAAGCUGAAGAUGCUGACGGAGGCCAUCAUGCACGACUGUGUAGUGAAACUACUGAAGAAUCAUGAUGAGGAGUCUCUGGAGUGUCUCUGCAGGCUGCUCUCCACUAUUGGCAAAGACCUGGACUUUGAGAAGGCCAAGCCUCGUAUGGAUCAGUAUUUCAACCAGAUGGACAAGAUCAUCAAUGAGAAAAAGACCUCAUCUAGAAUCCGCUUCAUGCUUCAAGACGUCAUAGACCUAAGAAGGUGUACCUGGGUGCCUCGUAGAGGAGAGCAGGGCCCUAAAACAAUCGACCAGAUCCACAAGGAGGCAGAGAUGGAGGAGCACAGGGAACACAUCAAAGUCCAGCAGCAGCUUAUGUCCAAGAAAGAGGGAGGUGGAGGUGGAGGAGGAGGUGGCGGUAGGAUGGGAGGGAACAUGGGGGGCCGUGGCUCUCACACACCUGGAGGUGGCCGGAAUAGCCAGCCUCAGGAUGAGGGAUGGAACACGGUGCCCAUAUCCACCAAGAACAGACCUAUCGACGCCACCCGCCUCAGCAAGAUCACAAAGCCUGGUUCUCUGGACUUCAACAAUCAACUGUUGGCUCCAGGGGGGAAAGGCAUGUGGGGUAGCUGGGGCAAAGGCAGCAGUGGAGGAACUGGAGCAAAACCAGCAAGUGGAGAGCUGGACUCUGGUCGUCCAGCUACCAGCACCGUCAAUCGCUUCUCAGCCCUGCAACAGUCCGGUUCGGCGUCGGCUUCAACUGACUCUGAUCGCAGAGCUCCUCAGAGCUCCAGCCGUGAGCGUGGCAGCGAGAGAGAAAAGGCCGAUCGGGAUCGAUUCGAUCGCAGCGAGGGACGUGAAGGUCGUGACGGCAGGAGCACCCAAAACCAAAUCACCAAGAGAAGCUUCAGCAGAGAGUCUCAGGAGCGCGGCGGGAGGGCCAGCGACCUCCGGGCCUCUACUGAGCCUGUGCGUCGCGUGGCCAGCAUGACCGACAAUCGGGACCGGGGAAGCCGCGACCGGGGAAGCCGCGACCGAGGAAGCCGCGACCGGGGGAGCCGCGCUUCAAGCCGCGCUUCAAGUCGCGCUUCAAGCCGUGUUUCAAGCCGCGUUUCAAGCCGGGACAGAGGAAGCCAGGACCGGGCUCCAAGCAAAGAGCUCCCAGUUAAGCGUGAGAGUGCUCCAACUCCCCCACCUUCUCUUCCAAAACCUGCCUUGAGUGAAGAGGAGCUGGAGAAGAAGUCAAACGCCAUCAUUGAGGAAUACCUUCACAUUAAUGACAUCAAGGAGGCGUUGCAGUGUGUGACAGAACUCAACAGCGCCUCACAGCUUUACGUGUUUGUGCGGAACGGCGUGGAGUCGACGCUUGAGCGCAGCACCAUUGCUAGAGAGCGCGCGGGCACGUUGAUGCACCACCUUCUCAAUGCUGGGGUGUUGCCCUCAGAGCAAUACUACAAAGGGCUAGAAGAGACCCUGGAGGCUGCAGAAGACACGGCCAUAGAUAUACCUCACAUCUGGCUCUACCUGGCUGAACUCAUCACCCCCAUGCUCCAUGAGGGAGGCAUCCCUAUGGGACAGAUCUUCAGGGAGAUCUCCAAGCCUCUCGUGCCUCUGGGGCAGGCGGGCGUGCUGCUGGUGCAGAUCCUCAAGUUGCUCUGCAAAGAAAUGACCCCGAAAAAGGUCGGGGCAAUGUGGACCGAGGGAGGGCUGAAUUGGAGUGAUUUCCUGCCCGAGGAUGAAGACGUCAACAUGUUUGUCUCUGAGCAGAAAGUAGAGUUCACCACAGGAGAUGAGUUGGAGUCGAAGGAAGUUGAUGAGAAGAAGGUUCUCUCUGGGGAGGAGCUCAGCCAACAGCUGGACAGACUCAUCCAGGACGCGGCCAACAACCAGCGCAUCAGAGACUGGGCUGAGGCUAACUUGGACGAGCAGCAAACCGCUUCCAACCAGUUCUUACGAGCACUGAUGACGUCGGUGUGUCAGUCGGCAAUCAUAUGUGACACCCCGUACAAGGUGGAUACGCCGCAGAUCAAGCAGAGGGCCAGUCUGCUUCAGAGGUACCUGUCUGAUGAGCAGAAAGAGCUGCAGGCCCUCUACGCCCUCCAGGCGCUGAUGGUGCACAUGGAGCAGCCAGCGAACCUGCUGCGGAUGUUCUUCGACGCCUUGUACGACGAGGACGUUAUCAAAGAGGAGGCCUUCUACAAAUGGGAAACCAGCAAGGACCCUGCGGAGCAAACGGGCAAAGGUGUGGCCUUGAAAUCAGUCACCGCCUUCUUCACCUGGCUCCGCGAGGCCGAGGAGGAGUCCGACAAGGAAUAAAAGACUGAACUGAAAGCUGCCGCCCCCCCUUUUGCGAGGUGGGGGCUCUGCAGGCAGCUGCAGAGAGUCGUGGACAAUAUUGCCAGAGAGGCAGACUCAAAUCAAUCCUCAAUGAGGAUAAAUCUUUAUUGUUUUUUUUUUCCUUUUCUUUGGGGGAUGGACUCAGAAAACAAUCAUUUCUCUCUCCCUUCCCUCUCUUGCUUCCUCAUUAUUUCCCCACCCACUUGUCACAGCAAGUGUCCUCAUCAAAUAAACUUGAAAACUGAUGCAGCAGGAUUGCUUGUUAACGAGGUGUGAAGUAUCCCACAUCACUACAAAACUCUUUUCCCCACAAUAAUACAAACCAACAGGCUGCUUUUUUAUGGUUCUAGAUAAUUAUAAAUGCCUGACAUCCUAUCUGAUCUGCAGGCGUGAAGCCACAGGGCUCGUGGUGUCGUGGGUUCCCUGAUACGUGUGUAUCGUCAUGCCAUAAUGUGUGUUCAAUCCAAACUCAGCUCUUAUGUCUUUGUCCCUUACUGGAGUGUGCAGCAUGACUGAAGUGUGUUUCUAUUAAUGAUACAGUGGACGAAACGUCGAUAGAAAAAAUGUACAUGAACUAAUCUUAAUCUUAAUUUGAUGGAUGGGGUUUUUAAAGCAAAGGUUGUCUAUUUUCUCUUCCUGUUUCCCCAUCAUGAAUUUACAGGGGGCAGAAGCGUGGAGGAUUGGUGUUGACCUUUGACCUUGGCUGCGUCUUGAUGCUUCCUCUAAGCCAUCCUCUCCCAUCCCCAGUAGUGAACCACACUGAGUGACCCUUCAUCUUUACCUCUUCUAUACUUAAACCUGAGCUGUCGUAGAGGACACUUAAUGACCCAAUCACCGGUAAAACUUGAAAUCUACAGAAAAUUGACUUGAUAAAAAUAUAUAAAGAAAAAAAAAAAAACACAAAAAAACCACAGAAAUGAUCCGAAAGCCUUUUCUACUUUAAGUGGAAACUUAUUUCAGGAGCGUUCUGUAAAUAUAUAAUAAUUCAAAAAAACUUUUUUUUCAGUUUUAUUUUUCAGAAACGAUAAAUUGCUGAUGUAAUUGCAGUGUAUACUUUUCCAACAGAAACAGCAGUUGUCCAGAUGCAGAGAGGUGCUUUAGAUAAUCCAUUGAUUAUUAGUUGUGGAAUUUUGUAAAUAUUUUUUUUUGCUUUCUUUAUUUAAGAAAUUAUUGCUUCUUUUGCAUCGGAAACUGGAAAGAUUAGGUAAUGGAGCAUUGCAAAUAAAGGACUUAAGUUGCUGA